AUGGCGACUAAUAAUGAUAUUGAAAGAUUGAAAGGUACUUGGGAUUAUAUUAAUGGAGAAAAUUUUGAUGAACUAUUAAAAGAACUUGAAGUUAAUCACGAGGUACGUACAAUAGCUAAAACUAUUAAACCUCGUGUUAUAAUUGAUGAAAAAGAUGGAAAAUGGUCAUUAACAUCAGAAAAAACUUAUAAAACAACAACAGUUCAAUUUACACCUGGAAUUGAAUUUGAAGAUGUAUCACCUGAUGGACAACAAAUAACCAUGAUUAUUCAAUUUGAAAAUGGAAAAUGGAUUCAAAGAGUGCGUUUUAAAAAUGGAAAAGAAAUGUUUGUAGAACGAUGGAUCAAUGAUCAAGAUCAGUUAGAAGUCAACAUGAAAUGUGGAAAUGUUAAAGGAACUCAAUUAUACAAACGUGUUGUUUAA